GUGAUUAAAUUUCCGAAGAAAAAACAGUAGUGGAAACAAUUCUAAAAAUAUGUCAGACGAACCUAAAAGGAUAAUCGAUCUUAAAACGUUAAAAGAUUUUGGGAAAAAGUAUGUAAUUGACAAAGUUAAGGCAGAGUCUUUGAUAAGCAAAGGUCAAGGAGCCAUAAAUAUUAUUGUUUCAAUAACGGCAAUCGGUGCAUUUGCAAAGGUAAUUUCCGAAGGAUUUACAUUUCUUACGACAAAACGUAGAGAACACUCAGAGACGAAAGCAAGAAGAAACAUGGUUGGGAACGACGUAGCAAAUGGACUAGCAUGGUCACAUUACUGUGGAUAUCUUCAAUAUGUUUUACCAGAUUUAGAAAAGAACAUUGGUAAAACCGAAUGGUUCCAAAAGCUCUCAAAAGAAAAACAAAACAGACUACCAAAGAAACUCUAUGAAUUGAUUCCAAGAAAAUGUUAUGUUGAUAUUGAAGGGGAUGAUGACAACAUACAUGAAGUCGAAAGCAUUACUAUAAACGUCGACAGAGCUGGCAACAAGAGAGAAAUAAAAGUUCCAAUCUUUAGCAUUCAAGAUGGAGAAAUGGUAUACUACUGUUUGUGCGAAUGCCCACCUGUGUUGAAAACAAUAAACAAUAUGAAUGAUAUUCAAACGGCCGGAAUUUGUAAACUUCCUACCAGUAAAACUCCCACAUGGCAGCCGUUUACAGUCGAUACAAAACUGGUACAGCUAAUGCGAUUCUACUACGCAAUGACAUCGUUACUGUGUCUCAAAGAUACAACCAAAGACAAAGCCAGGCUUGUUUUAUUUAAUGAAUCGGAAGAGAAACUUUCCAAAGUUCUACUUCAGGCAAUUAAAGAAGACAUAGAUAAAAUGGGAAAAGACACUACAAAAAACACAGUGGUUGAGUUUCUAAAAAAGAGCAUGCAGAUGAUUUUUCCGUGCACUACAAAAGCUACUACUGUAAUUGAAAAGAAUACAAAGAUACCGCGACCUUCAUUGAUGGAAAAAAAACUACUGUCGGCAGAAGAAAACAAAGACGUCGUAUAUGAAUUUGAUGCUUUUGUUGCUCAAUCUUCACUUGCCAACAGCAACGAUAAGUUGCAAAUGCAAGCAGUGGAAGAAAUCAGUCAAGAAUUAAAAAAAAAGAACCUGCAAAUUUUGUCGGAGAAAGAUUGUUUAGGACAGGACUGGUUGGAAACCUUAAAAUUCGCUGCAACUAAAUGCCGCUGGGUUGUGCUUUUAGACGAGAAACAGGAUUCUCCAACACCAGAAAAGGGUUGGUUUGAUAAAAUGUCAAAAGGCAUAUGGUCGGAGAACAAAACGUUGAUGUCCUUCACAAUUGCUGCUGCAUUGAAAAGUAUACUUGAAUCAAGAAAAGUCCAAACAGUUGCCGUUGUCAAUAAAAGCGAUGAAUUGCACAUAAAUGAUGAUCUAAGAUGGGUUACCUGCAUUCCUUACAGUGACAUCACCACAGAUAUAGUUCACACUUUGUUCAAAGUUUUGAGCGGUUCGGACGUCGAACUGGAUAGGUCGGCAGAUUUAUAUCUGAGACCAGGAGAAGCUGCAGUUGGAUUGGCAUGGGGUUAUGCAGUCAAUUACCUUAACAAGGUUUUGCCAGAGGUGAAACGAAAAAGGGCAGAAAUAAUGAAAGAUCGCGGAAUCAAUAACUUUGAAAAAAAGCUGUUUAUUGUCGUCCCAGAAAGCUGCAAAAUAGAGGCAAAUUUAAAAGACGUCAGCAAAUUAACAGACACAACACCAACAAAAGGAUCCCAAAGAUCCUACCAGUUAACUGCAUACCAGUUACAUGACGAUGAAAAUACGUGUUUUUUUGGCCAAUAUGCCCCACCAGUCGAUGUGAUAUACCAAAUGAAAGAGGCAAACAUAAUAUCAGAAAAGCAGAUGAAGACGGAAGUAAUCAAAUUUUACACCACUGUAGAAAAAAUAAUGGAGAUAUUGCUAAAAGGAAAACAAAAGGACUUUGAAUUUGUCUACUACAAUGACAAAAAUGACAGGUUAGCUGAUGUUAUGUGUGAAAGAAUACAAUGAUAAACAGAUAACUAUUUUGCAGCUGAGUGGUUCUGGAUAUUUGGAAACUAUCAAAUUGUCCCUAUCGAAAGUGUUUUUGCUGUAGUCACACAUAUGUAAAUAGGUGUGUGGUGAAUUUUUUUAACUUUCUGAUUAACUGUCAAAUAAAUCAAUAUAUGUAGUAUGCAGAUAUAUGGGAAAUAACAUGAGACAAACAAUUAACGAAUAACA